AAAAACUUAAGCUUCGUUGGAUACCCACAUCCACGAAAAGUUCUAAGCUUUCAGAACGAGUUCUCACUUGACAAUAAAGAACAACUUGCUCACCAGAAAAGAGGAAUCGAAGCUAAGGUUUUAGCUGCACUUCCUAAAGUUGCAGAAUUAAGAAAAAUCUUUGAACCAAAGAGGAAAGAUUUCUUAGAAAUGAAAAGAAAAGAAAGAAUUGCGAGGCGCUUGGAAGGAAUCGAAAAUGACACCCAGCCUAUCCUCCUGCAGAGCUGCCCGGGGUUGGUGACUCACCGCCUGCUGGAGGAGGACACGCCCAGGUACAUGCGUGCCACUGAUCCGGCUAGCCCCCACACAGGCCGAUCGAAUGAAGAGGAGGAAACUUCCGAUUCUUCUUCGGAAAAGCAGAGUCGCCCUAAAUACUGCACGGAAACCUCAGGCGUGCAUGGUGAUCCGUCCUAUAGCUCGGGCACCAUGGACGCUCACGGUCUGGAGUCCAAAGCGGAACGAAUCGCAAGAUACAAAGCAGAACGCAGGCGACAGCUGGCAGAAAAAUACGGGCUCACUCUAGAUCUGGACGCAGACUCCGAAUAUUCAUCUCGGUAUACCAAGUCCAGGAGGGAUCCCGACACCGUGGAGAAAAGGGGAGGGAAGAGCGACAGACCAGAGGAGGCAAGCAGAGAUCCGAGUUCUCCGUAUGCCAGGACCGAGGCCAGGGCGCUCAGGACCUGUGCCCUUGACCCCAAGGACUAUGCCCCCCAGGGCAGCGAGGACACCUCGGACAAGGAGGUGCUGCUCAACGUGGAGAACCAAAGACGCGCGCAGGAGCAGAGCGCCGCCCGGGUGGCCCGCGACCUGCCUGCCCCGGUGGAGAGUUCCCUGUCCUUCUCGUUCUCCGGGCGAGACUCGUCCUUCACUGAAGUGCCAAGAUCCCCGAAGCAGCCAGCCUCCCCCAGCCACUCGGCCGGGGACCCGCCAUUACCCUCCGAGUCGCGAUCCAGCACAGGGAAACUCAAACACGAAUGGUUUCUCCAGAAAGACUCCGAAGGGGACACACCUUCCCUUAUCAACUGGCCUUCCAGAGUUAAAGUUAGAGAAAAAUUGGUCAAAGAGGAGAGUGCUCGCAGCAGCCCCGAACUGGCCUCGGAGUCCUUAACUCAGAGGAGACACCAGCCAGUGCACUACCUGUCCCUCCAGUCAGAAAACUCAGCCUUUGAUAGGGUCCCAAGCAAAGCCGCCAGCUCUGCACGGCAGCCCAUCCGGGGCUCGGUGCCAGCAGCGGAUCCCGUCCGCGCAGUCAAAUUGGUGACCACGGAAACCCCAGAAAGUGCAUCCGAGUGCAGCUGGGUGGAGUCGGCCGCCCAGGAUGCCAGAAUGUCUACCUUGAAGGUGCUGGAAGAUGAGAGAGGGGAUACCCCCGUUCUUCAGAUUCGUGAGCUGAAAACAGAAGACCCUGAAGCUGAAAACCGAAGGCCCCUCCCUGAAGCACCCGAGAAAAGCGGGCAGACACAUCUGACCAUGGAAGAUGGUGGACUUGUGAGAGACGAGGAAGAAACCUCUGGAAAUGAGGACUUGGAUAGACCUGCCAUGGGUGCAGUCACUGUGGAACGUCAGAAGGAACUAGAAAGUGUGUCAUCCCCACCCCCUGCUCCGCAGCAGCCCGCUGAGAGAAUGGGCAGGAGCAAGACGGUUUUGUAUGUGCAGAGCGAGCCAGUGGCCCAAGAUGCCAGAUCGACGGGGCCCAAGAAGGAAGGCCCCACGCGGAUGCGCAAGGUCCUCACCCGCUCCCUGUCUGAUUACACGGGCCCCCCUCGGCUCCUGGCCCUGAAGGCUAAGGACCCGGCUUCAAAGCGAGAGCUGGAGCUGCAGAGCGCCCAGGCCGAAGGGGGCCCCUGUACAGAGGUUGGUGUGCUGGACACAAAGGUCUCUGUGGCCCAGCUCCGAAAUGCGUUUCUGGAGUCCGUCAGCGCCAGCAAGAAAGCGCAACUCCAAUCACGGGCUGAGCGGUCAACUGGAGUUGGCUUGCCCACCGGCAUGGAACGGGAAAGAGGGUCCCGGAAACCGAGACGCUAUUUUUCUCCUGGUGAAAGUAGAAAAACUUCUGAGAGAUUUAGAACUCAACCCAUAACCUCAGCAGAACGAAAGGAAUCAGAUAGGUGUACUGCAAACUCAGAAAUGCCAACUGUUGAAGAUGAAGAAAAGGUAGAUGAACGAGCCAAGCUGAGCGUUGCUGCCAAGAGGCUGCUUUUCAGGGAAAUGGAAAGAUCAUUUGAUGAGCAAAAUGUUCCAAAGCGACGCUCACGCAACGCAGCCGUGGAACAAAGGCUCCGCCGUCUCCAGGACAGGUCUCACACCCAGCCUGUCACCACUGAGGAGGUGGUCAUUGCAGCCACAUUGCAGGCAUCUGCUCACCAGAAGGCUUUAGCCAGGGACCAAACAAAUGAGGGCAAAGAUUCUGCCAGGAGAACCUGAUUCCUCCACUCUAAGCUUAGCAGAGAAGUUGGCCUUGUUUAACAAAUUGCCCCAGCCAGUCUCAAAAGCUAUUUCUACCCGAAACAGAAUAGACAUGAGACAGAGAAGAAUGAAUGCUCGCUAUCAGACUCAGCCAGUCACGCUCGGAGAGGUGGAGCAGGUGCAAAGUGGGAAGCUCAUUCCUUUCUCACCCACCGUCAGCACAUCCCUGUCCACCAUGGCCUCUACGGUCGCUCCGAUGUACGCAGGGGAUCUGCGCACAAAGCCAGCUCUCGAUGACAGUACAAGUGCCACCGAGUAUAAGUUUCCUUCUUCUGUAGAAAACUCCGACUCUCCGAUGAGAAGUAUUCUGAAGUCGCCAGCCUGGCAGCCUUUGGUGGAGGGCAGUGGAAGCCGAGGAAGCUUGAGAGAAUUUGGAGAGACAGACAGUCAGAGAGGUGUGGUGAGCGGGGACAGUGGUGUGAAGAAGUACGGGUCCUUUGAGGAGGCAGACCCGCUGUACCCCGUCCUUAACAGAGUCAGGGAAGGAGACGGCCACAAGGAACCCAAAUACGCAGCUCCAAGGAAAGGGAGCCUAGAGCUGGCUCAGACUCCGCUGGCCCAUCUGGGUGAUGAGCUGAAGGAAUUUUCUCCUGCCAAGAGCACAGCACAAGCGAGCCCGGACUUGAAGGACAGGCAGCCCUUGGAGGAGCAGGUGGACAUGGAGACCACCAUGAAACGGAAGUUCUCACUGAGAGCGGCAGAGUUCGGGGAGCCCACUUCUGAGCAGACGGGGACAGCUGCUGGGAAAACUGUUGCUCAAGCUGCAACCCCAGUGUCUUGGAAGCCACAAGAUUCUUCAGAGCAAGGACAGGAGAAGCUCUGUAAGAAUCCCUGCGCGAUGUUUGCUGCUGGAGAGAUCAAAACACCCCUGGGAGAGGGCAUCCUCGAUUCGCCCAGCAAAACCAUGUCAAUUAAAGAAAGACUGGCUCUGCUGAAGAAGAGUGGUGAAGAAGACUGGAAAAACAGACUUAACCGGAAGCAGGAGUAUGGCAAAGCGUCUACCACCAGCAGCCUGCAGAUCCAAGAAGUGGAACAGUCACUCAAGAAGAAGCGGGUCACAGAAAGUCGCGAGAGCCAGAUGACGAUAGAGGAGAGGAAGCACCUCAUUACCGUGAGAGAGGAGGCCUGGAAGACGAAAGGCAAAGGGGCCGCCAAUGACUCCACCCAGUUCACAGUGGCUGGCAGAAUGGUGAAGAAAGGCUUGGCGUCACCCACUGCCAUCACGCCAGUGGCAUCCCCUAUUUGCAGUAAAUCGAGGGGCACUACCCCAGUUUCCAAGCCCCUGGAAGAUAUUGAAGCCAGACCAGACAUGCAUUUGGAAUCGGACCUGAAGUUGGAUAGGCUGGAAACCUUUCUAAGAAGGCUGAAUAACAAAGUUGGUGGAAUGCAGGAGACGGUGCUCACCGUCACCGGGAAGUCCGUGAAAGAGGUGAUGAAGCCGGACGAUGACGAGACCUUUGCCAAGUUUUACCGCAGCAUGGAUGACAGUAUCCCGAGGAGUCCCGUGGAGCUGGAUGAGGACUUCGAUGUUCUUUUUGAUCCUUACGCACCCAAAUUGACGUCUUCGGUGGCUGAGCAUAAGCGUGCAGUCAGGCCCAAGCGCCGGGUUCAAGCUUCCAAAAACCCCCUGAAAAUGCUGGCAGCGAGAGAAGAUCUCCUUCAGGAGUACACCGAGCAGAGGCUGAACGUGGCCUUCAUGGAGUCGAAGCGCAUGAAGGUAGAAAAGAUGUCCUCCAACUCCAACUUCUCGGAAGUGACCCUGGCCGGCUUAGCCAGUAAGGAGAACUUCAGCAGCGUCAGCCUGCGCAGCGUGGACCUGACGGAGCUGCACUCCAACAACAGUGCCGUGCCCUACAAGAAGCUGAUGCUGCUGCAGAUCAAAGGAAGAAGACACGUGCAGACGAGGCUGGUGGAGCCGCGAGCGUCCUCACUCAACAGCGGGGACUGCUUUCUUCUCCUCUCUCCGCAUUACUGCUUCCUGUGGGUGGGAGAGUUUGCCAACGUCAUAGAGAAGGCAAAGGCCUCAGAACUUGCGACAUUAAUUCAGACAAAGAGAGAGCUUGGUUGUAGAGCCACUUACAUCCAAACCAUCGAAGAAGGAAUUAAUACGCACACUCACGCAGCCAAGGACUUCUGGAAGCUCCUGGGUGGUCAGACCAGUUACCAGUCUGCGGGAGACCCAAAAGAAGACGAGCUGUAUGAAACGGCCAUAAUAGAAACAAACUGCAUUUACCGUCUCAUAGACGACAAGCUGGUUCCUGAUGACGACUACUGGGGGAAGAUUCCAAAGUGCUCCCUCCUGCAACCAAAAGAGGUGCUGGUGUUCGACUUCGGCAGCGAAGUUUACGUGUGGCACGGGAAGGAGGUCACGUUAGCACAGCGAAAAAUAGCAUUUCAGCUGGCAAAGCACUUGUGGAACGGGACCUUUGACUACGAGAACUGCGACAUCAAUCCCCUGGAUCCCGGAGAGUGCAAUCCGCUUAUCCCCAGAAAAGGACAGGGGCGGCCUGACUGGGCAAUCUUUGGGAGACUUACUGAACACAACGAGACGAUUUUGUUUAAAGAGAAAUUUCUGGAUUGGACUGAACUGAAGCGACCUAGUGAGAAGAACGCCGUGGAGGUCGCUCAGCAGAAGGAAGACCCUCGGGCCGAGGUCAAGCCCUACGACGUGACGCGGAUGGUACCAGUGCCCCAGAUGACAGCCGGCACCGUCCUGGACGGGGUGAACGUGGGCCGUGGCUACGGCCUGGUGGAAGGGGACGACCGGAGGCAGUUUGAGAUCGCCAGCGUGUCCGUGGACGUCUGGCACAUCCUGGAGUUCGACUACAGCCGGCUUCCCAAGCAGAGCAUCGGCCAGUUCCACGAGGGGGACGCCUACGUGGUCAAGUGGAAGUACAUGGUGAGCACCGCAGUGGGAAGUCGGCAGAAGGGCGAGCACACGGUCCGCGUGGCUGGCAAGGAGAAAUGCGUCUACUUCUUCUGGCAAGGCCGGCACUCGACUGUGAGCGAGAAGGGAACAUCAGCGCUGAUGACCGUGGAGCUGGACGAAGAAAGGGGGGCCCAGGUCCAGGUUCUCCAGGGGAAGGAACCCCCCUGUUUCCUUCAGUGUUUCCAGGGGGGCAUGGUGGUACACUCGGGAAGACGGGAAGAGGAGGAAGAAAACGUACAAAGUGAGUGGAGGCUGUACUGCGUGCGAGGAGAGGUGCCCAUGGAGGGGAACUUGCUGGAGGUGGCCUGCCACUGCAGCAGCCUGCGGUCCAGGACUUCCAUGGUGGUCCUCAACGUCAACAAGGCCCUCAUCUACCUGUGGCAUGGAUGCAAAGCGCAAGCCCACACAAAGGAGGUCGGAAGGACAGCAGCCAAUAAAAUCAAGGAGCAGUGCCCCCUGGAGGCGGGACUGCACAGUAGCAGCAAGGUGACGAUCCACGAGUGCGAGGAGGGGUCCGAGCCCCUGGGAUUCUGGGAUGCUUUGGGAAGAAGGGACAGGAAAGCCUACGACUGCAUGCUUCAAGAUCCUGGAAGCUUUAACUUCGCGCCCCGCCUGUUCAUCCUCAGCAGCUCCUCGGGAGACUUCUCAGCCACGGAGUUCAUGUACCCCGCCCGAGCCCCCUCGGUGGUCAGCUCCAUGCCCUUCCUGCAGGAGGACCUGUACAGCGCGCCCCAGCCAGCGCUCUUCCUCGUUGACAAUCACCACGAGGUGUACCUCUGGCAAGGCUGGUGGCCCAUCGAGAACAAGAUCACCGGGUCGGCGCGCAUUCGCUGGGCCUCGGACCGGAAGAGCGCCAUGGAAAUCUCAAGAAGCCACCGCCCAAGUCUUACCUGAUCCAUGCUGGUCUAGAACCCCUGACCUUCACCAAUAUGUUUCCCAGCUGGGAGCACCGCGAGGACAUUGCAGAAAUCACGGAGAUGGAUACAGAGGUCUCCAACCAGAUCACCCUUGUGGAAGACGUCUUAGCCAAGCUCUGUAAGACCGUUUAUCCGCUGGCCGAUCUCCUAGCCAGGCCACUCCCGGAAGGUGUUGACCCUUUAAAGCUUGAGAUUUAUCUCACCGAUGAAGACUUCGAGUUUGCCCUUGACAUGACGAGAGAGGAGUACCACGCACUGCCCGCCUGGAAGCAGGUGAACCUGAAGAAGUCGAAGGGCCUGUUCUGA